AUGGAACUGCGGGGGGGAGGGCAGAACGGAGGACUGAACUUGGCGAAAUUGAAGUGGGGUCAACUGUUGAUUCAGAGUCCCUUCGCGGUGCCAUGGCCAGCCCAAGCCAACUUCCUUCGAACUCAAAAGUCAGCGGUCUGCAUAGUGGACAAACCGCCACAAGCUACAGCAACGAGCUUGUUUCCUCCAGCAAGCACGAAUCCUUUUGCUGAACCUGCUGCAUCCGCAACGGCCUCAACUCCAGCCCCGGCUAUAACGAGCGCAUCUGCUGUGAGCCCUGCUGCUACACCUGCUUCACCUUUCUCGUUUGGACCAACUGCGCCAGCAAAGGCGCCAGAGCCAGCUGCAGCCAAACCAUCUGCAUUUUCUUUUGGUCUAACUGCUCCAACUUCACAACCUACUCCCCGCAAGCCAGCCUCAGCCAGCUUCACGGCCUAUCUCAACGACGCUCAACGGCAAGCUACUACUAAGGAUGCUGGACAAAUUGCUGGAUGGACUGAAUACAGUAAAGCCAAAAUCAUCGCUGUUUACAAUCUUGGUGGUGGAACUUUCGAUAUCUCCAUCCUCGAAAUGCAUGACGGCGUCUACAAAAUCAAGUCCACCAACGGUGGCACCCAUCUUGUCAAUGGUGGUGAAGACUUCGAUAUUCUCCUCAUGGUCAUCCAGCGUAUCCGUGAAGCGGCAGAGAAGGCCAAAAUUGAGCUUUCGUCAACCGCCCAGACGGAAAUAAACUUGCCGUUUAUCACCGCCGACGCAACUGGUCCCAAGCAUAUCAACACGAAACUGCUCCGUUCGCAAUUUGAGGCCCUUACUUCUUCCCUCAUCCAACGCACUGUCACUCCCUGCAAGAAGGCCCUGUCCGAUGCUGACGUCAAGCCCAGCGAUGUCCACGAGGUUAUCCUUCGUUUUCGGUCGCAUAGCAAGGGUGUCAACCCUGACGAGGCUGUCGCUAUUGGCGCUAGUGUUCAAGGUGGUGUUUUGGCCGGCAACAUCACGGAUGUUCUGCUUUUGGAUGUUACGCCUCUUUCCCUCGGUAUCGAAACUCUCGGUGGUAUCAUGACCAAGCUCAUCACUCUCAACACGACCAUCCCUACCAAAAAGUCGCAGGUCUUCUCGACUGCCGCUGACGGUCAAACUGCUAUCGAGGUCAAGAUCUACCAGGGCGAGCGUGAACUCGUUGCAGACAACAAGCGCCUCGGUAACUUCAACCUGGUUGGCAUUCCUCCUGCUCCCAAAGGUGUUCCCCAAAUCGAAAUCACCUUCGACAUCGAUGCUGAUGGUAUUGUCAACGUCUCUGCCAAGGACAAGGCUACUGAAAAGGACCAGUCUAUGACCAUUGACUCUUCUUCGGGUCUAAGCAAGGAAUGGUUUCUGACGCUGAGCAAUACGCCGAGUCGGACAAGGAACGCCGCAACCUCAUCGAAAUGUUCAACAAGGCCGAUUCCUUCUGCGCUGACACCGAGAAGUAUUAUUAUCAAACUCAUUGGCGAGCUCUGUGCUCUUGCGCUCCAAGCUCAGGCUCGCGACGGCUCUAUCACGCCCGAGGCCAUCAAGACCAAGAUGGACGAAACCCAGGUUGCCUCACUCGGACUCUUCCAAAAUGUCUACGAGAAGAAGAACGCUGAACAUGUGGCGUCAUCGGAAGCGCCCGCUGAGGAGAAGAAGGACGACGACAAGAAGGAUGAGAAGGAGUAA